AUGUGGUCGCUGUUCAUAUCUGGACUAUUAAUCUUCUAUCCUUUGGUCCUUGGAGAUGACCCAAAGGAGGUGGAUACUGAGCUGAAUGACGCUUCUCCUCCAAAAGGCAUGUCCUGGCAAUCGUGGCAUAUGAAAUCAGAACAUGAUAUCGACGGACAUGAUACUGACGCUGUCUUCAAGCUGCAUGACUAUAGACAUGUUAAUUCUUUGAACCACGACGAUAUCCUUAGGAUGUACGGCCUUUUAAGGGAAGAAGUAGUUGGAAAGGGAGACGGAACUGGUGGUCAUGAUGAGAGUGAAGGGAUAUCCCAGAAAGUUAAAGACAAAGUUAUUUCCACUGUUUUUGGAUUGAUAGACUCUAAUAGUGACGGCGAAAUAUCUUUUGAUGAAUGGCAGAAAUUCUCUGCAAAAGGAGGAGAGCUUCCAGACAUGGGUGUUGGAGUGGGGCAUGAGUUGGACUUUGAAGCAGAAUAUGAGAGACAUCACUGGCUUAAAUACCAUGCCGAAAAUGAUCCCGAUGUUACAAUUCAACAUCCAGAAGAUAUAGCUCAUGAACUUUUACAUCACGAGCAUGAAGUGGAACAUGACGAAACGAUUGCCAAUAAACGAGUUAUUGAUGGUUUUAAAGAGACGGUCGUUCUAAUUGAAAACAUUCCUGAUCUUUUCAGGUCAAAAUAG